AUGCAAAAUUGCAAUGGAAGCAGCACCCCAUCAGGGUUGGUGUUGUCCAAAGAGGGCAAUGAUAAGUUGAUUGAUCCUACAACCUUCAAGCAAAUUGUAGGAUCUCUGAGGUACUUGUGCAACACUAGACCAUAUAUCUCAUAUAGUGUUGGGUUGAUUAGUAGGUACAUGGAUAAGCCUAGGACAUCAUACUACAUGGCAAUAAAAAGGAUCUUGAGAUACAUAAAGGAGGCCAUUGAGCUUGGUCUGUUGUACUCCACAAAACUGAAUGAAGAUGAAGCUGAACUUAUUGGCUUCACUAAUGUUGAUUGGUGUGGAGAUAUAGAUGAUAGAAAGAGUACCACGAGGUAUGUAUUUACAAUCAAUAACUCACCAAUCUCAUGGUGUUCAAAGAAGCAAAGCAUAGUAGCAUUGUCCACAUGUGAAGCUGAAUAUGUGGCUGCAUCUAUGGGAACAUGUCAAGCUAUAUAG